UGGAGCGGCGGCUGCGCGGGUCGCGAUGCUGUGAGGUCUGUGGCAGCUGGCAAAUCGGGCCCAGGAUGUAGAGUUGGCGGUGGCUGACGGCGCGUCUGACGCGCAGUUGGGUGGGGUAGAGAGUAGGGGGCGGUAGUCGGGGGUGGUGGGAGAAGGAGGCGGCGGCGGCGGCGGCGAAUUACUUAUAAAUGGCGCCGAAGCAGGACCCGAAGCCUAAAUUCCAGGAGGGUGAGAGAGUGCUGUGCUUCCAUGGGCCUCUUCUUUAUGAAGCAAAGUGUGUAAAGGUUGCCAUAAAGGAUAAACAAGUGAAAUACUUUAUACAUUACAGUGGUUGGAAUAAAAAAAGUGCUGUGAGGCCCAGGCGCUCUGAAAAAACUUUGAAGACACGUGAGGAUAUUGUAGCACUUUUUCCUGUUCCUGAAGGAGCUCCCUCAGUACACCACCCCCUCCUGACCUCUAGUUGGGAUGAAUGGGUUCCAGAAAGCAGAGUACUCAAAUACGUGGACACCAAUUUGCAGAAACAACGAGAACUUCAAAAAGCCAAUCAGGAGCAGUAUGCAGAGGGGAAGAUGAGAGGGGCUGCCCCUGGAAAGAAGACUUCUGGUCUGCAACAGAAAAAUGUUGAAGUGAAAACAAAAAAGAACAAACAGAAAACACCUGGAAAUGGAGAUGGUGGCAGUACCAGUGAGACACCUCAGCCUCCUCGCAAGAAAAGGGCCCGCGUAGAUCCUACUGUUGAAAAUGAGGAAACAUUCAUGAACAGAGUUGAAGUUAAAGUAAAGAUUCCUGAAGAACUAAAACCAUGGCUUGUUGAUGACUGGGACUUAAUUACCCGGCAAAAACAGCUCUUUUAUCUUCCUGCCAAGAAGAAUGUGGAUUCCAUUCUAGAGGAUUAUGCAAAUUACAAGAAAUCUCGAGGAAACACAGAUAAUAAGGAGUAUGCUGUUAAUGAAGUUGUGGCGGGGAUCAAGGAAUACUUCAAUGUAAUGUUGGGCACUCAGCUGCUCUACAAAUUUGAGAGACCACAGUAUGCUGAAAUCCUCGCAGAUCACCCUGAUGCGCCCAUGUCCCAGGUGUAUGGAGCGCCACAUCUACUGAGAUUAUUUGUACGUAUUGGAGCAAUGUUGGCCUAUACACCUCUGGAUGAGAAGAGUCUUGCUUUAUUACUGAAUUAUCUUCAUGAUUUCCUAAACAUGGGAGCUCCUUAGGGCCAAAGACGUGUACUGUAAACCUCAGAUCUCUAGACCUCAGCACAGGGCCUAUAUGGAGCGGUCAAGAGAUGGUGACUGAGACAAAUGAGGCAGCUUCUGCCCUGUACCAGACUGUCUUCUGGAUCCUUGCAGUUCAAGUGCAUUUGGAAUUUUUUCAUCCCAGUUGGAUAGAACCUUGCCUGCUGCUCUCUUUAAAUCCAAACAGCACCAAGGCAUGGGUCAUUUUUCCUGUUUCACAACAGUCAUGCCCACGGGGAUGCCAGGAGCAUCUUUGUAUUCUCCCAGGAGCCUGGUGUAGGAGGGGAGUUGCAAACAGCUGACACUCAGUAGUUGUUUGGUAACUGAAGGAGAGGGUGGGAAUUGGCCUUUGCAAGCCCCCUUUAUAGGAGAUCCAUGAUCACCUUGUGGGUUUGAGGGCUGCAGACAAGCUCCUGGGAGCAUGUGGAGAGAAAGCCUGCAUCCAAGUCCAAGCCCAUAAUCUGUAAUGAGCUAGGAAACCCCCCAGAUGAGGUUAAUUUUGAAAAUGGUUAUUUGCUUUUCUGUGGUAAUUUGAAUUUCUCUGAAACCUCAUCCAGAAUCUUUCUCUAAAAUGAAUGACUUAAAAAUAUGAUUAUUAGUAACACGGUUAUACUGGUUCAUUAAUUUCAACAAAUAUUACAUACUAUUGCAAGAUAGUAAUAAUAGAGAAAACUGGGUGUGGGAUAUAUGGAAGCUCUUUGUAUUAUCUUCACAAUAAUUCUGUAAAUCUAAAACUUAAAAAAUUUUUAAAGUUUACUUAAAAAAAGGAUAUAAUGCUGAGUGAAG